UUCCAUCUGUCCACCUAUCACGUCGUACGCGUUCCUGGCGAUGGCCCCCUGUUCCCACAACAAGCGUCCUCGUAGUGCCCAUACCGGGCAGUUCGUUAGCAGGGAAAUCGUUAUGGGUUUUGCUGUGCACGAAGUCAUGGUGUCCACAGACACCAAGAAGCUUUUUAUGACUGUAAAGUUCAACAUUGCAGGGACAUCCACUCUGUGUUUUUCAGAUGACAUGACUUUGAAAAUAGAUUAA